CCUCCUCACAACGAAAUUGACAAGACACGAAAUUGACAGGUUCGUUUUCGAGGAGAUACAUAUAAAAAUUACAAAAUCGAGUAGCUUCACGUAAUGAAGACGAAAGGGCGAUAAUGAUCUUCGAACGGUCGACAGUUGUUUUCAAUAUCGCAAAAUCGAAGUAUAAAGGUUAAACUCCAGGGAACGAGACUUUCACGCGAGAAUGUCUACUGACCUGCUACCGGAAUCAGUGAACUUGUUUCUCGACGAUUUCGAGACCAGUCUCUGCCUACCCAUUCUCGUGGUUAUGGUGCUCUGCACUGCUCAAUUCGUAUUUAAUCACGUCUUCGGUAUCGGAUACACGAUCUAUCAGAGCGUAAAGAAGCCAGCGACGGAGGAGGAAGAGGAGCAGGAUAAAACUAAUAUGAUGGGAAAACUUAAAGGAAUGCUGACCACUCUAGGUAUCGGAAAACCCGAUACAGUAACUACGACUCCAAUUAGAAAUCCAUUGUUACCAGGUUACAAUACUCAAUCUCGUGAGGAGGAAUGGGAUUACUGUGAGGAGGAUAUUGAAUGAGAUAACAAAACAUUCUUAUGUAUGCCAUUACAAGUACAAUAUAAAGUGCAUAGUAAACAAAUAAAAGAGUAUC